AUGAAGGCGUUCACUAUUCUCGCAUUUGCCGGCAUUGCCGCGGCUCAGCUGCCAUCUUUUGCAGACUCGCUCAAUCUCGUAGACACAUUUAUGCAUGACUUGCAAAUCUCAUUUCAUGAAAUUACUGGAGACCAUCCUCGUCGUUCUUUCCAUAAGCGUACUCCCGGGAAAUUGGCCAAACGAUGCAUUCGUCGGCCAUCAGGCUACCCCGGGCCCGGAGGUAACACCACUACCACAACCCGUUCUGCUUCAGGAUCCACAUCCUCUACGCGAACAUCUACUCGUGCGUCUGGAUUACCUUCAAUUUCAAGUACAACGCUAAUCUCCUCAUCGACGCUGGCGUCGACUACUUCUGAUUUUGUUUCAACCAUUCCCACGACACGCGCAUUCCCUACGUUUUCUACUACCACAUCAAUCAUUUCUACUUCUUCCGUGCCUGUUACUUCCACUAUCUCUACUACUUCCACCACGCCCAUAUCUUCUACAUCUGCCACCUCUUUCUUCCCACUUCCCAUUCCUACUUCAACAUCUAUAGGCACUACUACACGGACCUCGUCGAGUACUAGCUCAUCGACUCGUACAUCGAGCAGCGUCCCAAGUAGCACUUCAAGUAGCACAUCAUCCGCACCCACUCCCAGUUCCACAUGGACUCUACAAACCAGGAUGGAAGGUAAUACAUUCUUUGAUGGCUGGGAAUUCUGGUCCUACCCAGAUCCAACAAACGGUAACAUUCCAUCACCUCAAAGUCCCUCUUUUACUAAGACUAUAUCGACAACAGGUGCAGUAGACUAUCAGAACCUAGAUGGCUCCUCGUCCGCUGGACUGCAUGAAAUCAACUCGGACGGACACGCCAUCAUGCGCGUCGAAACCACGCAGCAAGUUUCAGGAAACCGCAAGUCCGUGCGUCUUCACUCGCAUGUAACCUACAACGGUGGCUUGGUCAUUCUUGAUGCGGUGCACAUGCCUUAUGGCUGUGGAACGUGGCCUGCGUUCUGGUCCAACGGUCCCAACUGGCCCAAUGGCGGAGAGAUCGAUAUCGUCGAGGGCGUUAAUGAUUACCAGACCAACCAAGCUUCGUUGCAUACCAAAUCAGGAUGCACGAUUCCCCAAGAGUAUGGCUCAAGCGGGACGCUGGCUGCGAGUCUGAAUUGUGCCGCGGACGAAACAGGUAAUCAAGGAUGUGGCCAACUCAAUUCCAAGCCAAACAACUAUGGCAAGUCCUUGAACGAUAACGGAGGCGGAGUAUAUGCUAUGAAGUGGGACAGAUCCGGUAUCUCCAUCUAUUUCUUCCCUCGGGAUGAAAUUCCAUCGGACAUCGAGAACGAAGCUCCACGCCCGGACAGGUGGGGCACUCCCGUGGGGAACUGGCCGGCGCAAAGUUGCGAUCCGUUUGAGUUUAUGAGCGAUCACAUCAUGAUCUUCGAUACCACGCUUUGUGGCGAUUGGGCUGGAAAUGCAUGGCAAUCGAGUGGCAUCGCCGGGCAGGCUCGAACCUGUGCGGACAUGACGGGAUAUAACACCUGCCUUGAUUAUAUCCGCAACGAGGGAUCGAAGCUCAAGGAUGCCUUCUGGGAAGUCAAGAGCGUCAAGCUAUACACGUAA